AUGGAGUCCAGCCCAGAAAGCCCCAACCGGGCCGUGGAGUACCUCCUGGAGCUCAACAACAUCAUCGAGAGCCAGGCCAAGCUCCUGGAGACGCAGCGCCGGCGCAUCGAGGAGCUGGAGGGCCAGCUGGACAGGGUCAGCCAGGAGAAUCAGGAUCUCAGGCAUGAGGCACGUGGCCCACAUACCACUGGGUCAGAAACGCCCGAGCAGAACCACAAUCAGCCCCUGACGCUCCCCAUCCAUCAUGGUGGUGGCAGCAACACGGGGAAUGCAAGCACCUCCGCAUCUCAGGUGACAAUCGGGUCAACCACAACCCCGGGACCCAGCAGGGAGAGGAGGGGACACCCUAGGCUGACCCGAGGCCUCUCCUGCGGCUCCACCAACGCAGAGCGAGACCGGCUGGAACGCACCGACAGCACAGACACCAACACCAGUUCCACCUUACGCAGAAAUGUGGAAGGGGAAUCCCAGUGUCCGGAGACGGUCUCCCACAAAGACGGCUCCUUCAGCCAGACGCCUUACCUUCACAGCUCACAGCGCUACACUGACGGCAGCAGCGCAGCCCCCUCCACUUCCAAGGGCCCUGCAAGCGUGGCCACCUCCAGCUCGGCGAGCCUGGCCUGGGUGCUGCGAACACGCCACCAGCCUGCAAGUCUGGCCCUCCGCAAGCAGGAAGAGGAGGAGAACAAGAGGUGCAAGGCUCUUUCAGACAGCUAUGAACUGUCAACAGAUCUGCAGGAUAAGAAGGUGGAAAUGUUGGAGAGAAAGUAUGGUGGCUCUUUUGUAAGUCGAAGGGCAGCUAAGACCAUUCAGACAGCCUUCAGACAGUAUCGCAUGAAUAAAAAUUUUGAGCGCCUUCGAAGCUCAGCCUCAGAGAGUCGCAUGACACGUCGCAUCAUCCUGUCCAACAUGAGACUGCAGUAUUCCUUUGAUGAGCGCCAACCUCAGCAGCAAACGCAGUCCAACUACACUCACAGCGUUGCCAUAGGGCCUCCUCAUUCCCCUGGUCCAGACCGCCCAGUUGACUACACCCACCUUGAGGACUCUUUCUCUAAACAGGUCAAGUCCUUAGCUGACUCCAUAGACGAUGCCCUCACCUGCCGCGCAGGUCGCGAUGACUCUCAGGAGGGCAGCAGGGAUGGUGGAGGGAUGAGCGAAGACUUUGGAGACUGCAUGUGGAGCAGCAGCAGCAACCCUUCCUCUCAGAGAGGACUAGGAGAACGAGGCAGAGGGGCUGGAGGGGGGCUUAGUAUGCAUGGUGACAGCACAGCCACCUCUUACAGUGAUGUCACUCUUUACAUGGACGACGGCAUGCCAUCCUCCCCAAUGUCUCUGGACCGGGCUCCCAGCAGCACAGAUACAGAGUACUGGGGCCCCAGUGGUGGUGUGGGAGGCCGUGAGGACAGCAGGGACACCGAGGGAGGGGGCAGCAGUAACAGUCGCCGCAGCACACCCUGCACAGAGUGCAGAGACUACCGUCUGAGAGGAGCUCACCUGCCUCUCCUCACCAUUGAGCCACCCAGUGACAGCUCUGUUGACAUGAGUGAUCGUUCAGAUCGUGGGUCCCUGAGCAGACAGUUGGUAUUUGAGCAAGAACCUGGGGUAGGAUCAGGCUCUCCUCAGGGAACCCUUAAACAUUGCCCCAACUCAAGCAGUCAUCCCUCUACGGCAGCAGCUCAGGGUCAGACCAGGCCAACUGGCAGGUCGAUACCCACACAUAUUCCACACCAGGUGGCAGCCCACCACCACCAUCACCACCACCCCAUCCAUCACCAUCAGUACCCUGACACACCCUCAUCGUCCUCCUCCCCCCAGCAGCCUCCCACCACCCCUCUAUCCUCCUCCUCCUCGACAGCUCUGCCACCUGGUGGUCUGGAGCAGCCAUGUUGCUCCGAUGGGGACAAUGACUCCCUCAACUCCACCACCAACUCCAACGAGACCGUUAACUGCAGCUCAGGCUCCUCAUCUCAGGACAGUCUGCAGGAGCCGCUGCCUCCUCUAGGAAAACAGACAUAUCAGAGAGAGAGCCGCCACAGCUGGGACUCCCCACCUUUCAACAGUGAUGUGGUGCAGAGACGCCAGUACCGCAUCGGUCUCAAUCUUUUCAACAAAAAGCCGGAGAAAGGCAUCCAGUAUCUGAUAGAGAGAGGAUUUGUAUCGGACACGCCUGUUGGGAUCGCUCGCUUCCUCCUGGAGAGAAAGGGCCUUAGCAGGCAGAUGAUUGGAGAGUUUCUGGGAAACCGACAGAAACAAUUCAACAAAGAUGUUUUAGACUGUGUGGUGGAUGAGAUGGAUUUCUCAGGUAUGGACCUUGAUGAUGCCCUGAGGAAAUUUCAGGCCCAAAUCAAGGUUCAAGGAGAAGCUCAAAAGGUGGAGAGGCUCAUAGAGGCAUUCAGUCAAAGGUAUUGUGUGUGUAAUCCAACGUUGAUUCGGCAGUUCCAGAACCCCGACACCAUCUUCAUCUUGGCCUUUGCCAUAAUUCUCCUCAACACGGAUAUGUACAGCCCCAACAUCAAAGCUGAGAGGAAGAUGAAACUGGAGGAUUUCAUCAAGAAUUUGAGAGGUGUCGACAAUGGUCAGGAUAUUCCCAGGGACUUGUUGGUUGGGAUUUACCAGCGAAUACAGAAAUGGGAGUUAAGAACAAAUGAUGACCAUGUGUCCCAGGUGCAGGCAGUGGAGAGGGUCAUCGUUGGCAAGAAGCCUGUGCUGUCUCUUCCCCAUCGGAGGCUAGUGUGUUGCUGCCAGCUCUACGAGGUGCCUGACCCCAACCGACCUCAGAGGACAGGAGUGCACCAGCGAGAGGUCUUUCUCUUUAACGACUUGCUUGUGGUAACCAAAAUCUUCCAGAAGAAGAAAACCUCAGUGACUUAUAGUUUCAGACAAUCUUUUCCCUUGGUUGACAUGCAAGUCCACAUGUUCCAGAACUCGUACUACCCUCAUGGCAUCCGCCUGACCUCAGCCAGCUUGGGUGGGGAGAGGAAGGUUCUUAUUGUUUUUAUGGCACCCAGUCAGCAAGACCGUACCCGCUUUGUUAGCGACCUCAGAGAGAGUAUUGCUGAAGUGCAAGAAAUGGAGAAAUAUAGAGUUGAAUCGGAGUUGGAAAAACAAAAAGGUGUGAUGCGACCCAGCUUGUUAAGUGGAGGUGUGGGUGGAGGAGGUGUAGGCGUGAAGGGUGACGUUAUGAACGGCACCUUGGGAAGGACCAGUUUUGAUGACAACUGCUCAGUGGGUGAGGGUCUCAAACGCACAGCGCUCAGCUCAUCUCUCAGGGACCUCUCAGACACAGGGAAACGUGGUCGCAGGAACAGUGUUGGUUCUCUGGACAGCACUAUGGAAGGCUCCAUCAUUAGCAGCCCUCAGCCUCACCAGCGCUACCCAGUGCCAGGCAUUCUCCCUGGCUGCUACUCAACAGAAGAAUUCCGGCCUCACCGCCCCAUCCUGAGCCCCGGAACGGGGGUGGGGGGUGGGCCGGGGCAGCAACAUACCACUGCUGGGACAGGAGUUGGGGGAGUCUCCAGCAGUGUAGAGAGAUCAGGAGUAGGGAGCGGCCCUGGGGGGAGCAACAGCAGCGGCUCUUUCCUGGGGUCACUAUUCGGCAGCAAACGCGCCAAACCACCGGGGCCCCUUAUUCCACCGGGGCCACCCUACCCCGCACCUGUACCCCCACCGACUACGGGAGGACCCCCUCCUCUCUCCCCUUCAUCUCUAUGCCAACUGGAUGGGGGGUCGUCCAAGAUCCAGGCACUACACGCACAGUACUGUCACGUGGGCACCGUACAGCCCCCACCACCUUACUACCAUCACCAUCGCUUCCACGUCCAGCCCAUCCCCCCUCCUUUGCAAGGUGUGCCCCCUCAUACUACUAUACAGAGAGGCCCACUUCUCUGUCGUCCACCGCUUGGCCCCCCACACAUCCCGCACCUGCAGCUGGCCCAUCUCUCCCAGCUCUCCCAGCAUGGCCUUCAGGCUCGUUACACCAAUAUGGUGGUAGGAUGUCCCCCCCCUCUUUCUCCUCUCUCCCAACAUUCCCAGAACCCACAGUUCACCCUCUACCACGGGCAGCACACACACUCUGUCAGAGGGGGCGGCGGCCCUGGCACCAAACCCCCGCUAACCCUGUCUCUUUCCCACCCCCACCCCCACGCACACUCCCAAACCCACCCCAGGCACGCCCAAACACCACACCCAACCAGCCAUUCCACCCAUCAAACACAUUUCAUCUUCGGCACGCUGCCCCACAACCUGCCGUCCGCCUCCGUCAGUGCGCAUCACACAGCCUCCGCCGCCCCGUAUCUGCCCCAGUACCCUCCUCUCUCCUCUAUCCCCCCUCCCCCACCACACUCCCCUUUACCCCCCCCUUCGUCCCCCCUUACCCCUCUUACACCUCUCUCCCCUCUCCCCCCCCAGCACCCCGCGCAGCCUCAGCAGGGGCCACAGGUGACAGGGGCUGGAGCAACAGGUACAGGGGGCAGCUCCAAAUCCAAACCUAUCAACCGGAUAAGUACCGUGGUAUGAGCAGAACAUGGAGCUCCAGGGGUCAGAGGUCGGACAACAGAUGGGAGGAGGUGGGCAGAUCUCGGGCCAGAAGCAAAUCUGCCAGGACAGAAAGUAACAGCAGCAGCGCUGGCGACAAGAGGAAGCGCAGGCUGCUUCGCCUCUGCUACUUUCACCUCCGCUUCCCACAUAUGUAGGUGGAGACAGCGAGCCCUGCUAGAGGCAAAUAGCAUGUGCACACCUUGAAACAGAAACACACACAACAUUACACCAACACACACUCCACCACUUAGCACACACAAUCAAAAAAAAGUCUAUAGCCAUAUAAUUUAAGAUGA